AUGUACCCUAUAUUCGCCCUAAGGAUCCUCAUGGAGAAGCACAGGGAAAAGAAUAUGCCUCUGCAUUUUUUAUUCCUAGACCUGCAGAAGGCCUUUGACUGUGUUCCUAGGGAGAUGAUCUGGUGGGCGUUGCGGUCAAAGUUGGUACCAGAGACCUACGUGGAAAUCGUACGUGACAUGUACCACAACUCCGAUUCAAUAGUCAUAACCGUAGGCGUGCAUCAGGGCGCCGUCUUAAGCCCCUAUCUCUUCAGUGUGAUAUUAGACGAACUGUCAGCCAGCGUACAGAAACUACCGCAGCCUUGGCUGCUUAUGUAUGCUGAUGAUAUCGCACUGGUAGAUGGGGACAAAUGA